AUGCUGGGGAAAGGGGUCGUGGGCCGGGGCGGCGGCACCAAGGCGCCCAGCAAGCCCUCGUUCGUGUCGUACGUGCGCCCGGAGGAAAUUCAUGCAAACGAGAAGGAAGUAACUCUUCACUUGUUGCCAGGUGAACAGCUGCUUUGUGAAGCCAGUACAGUGCUGAAGUAUGUCCAGGAGGAUUCCUGUCAGCGUGGGAUCUAUGGGAAACUUGUGUGCACGGACUUCAAGAUCGCCUUCUUGGGCGAUGAUGAAUCUGCGUUGGAUAAUGAUGAGGCCCAAUUUAAGAAUAAGGUUAUAGGAGAAAAUGACAUCACACUCCACUGCGUUGAUCAGAUUUAUGGAGUGUUUGAUGAGAAAAAGAAACCUCUUUUUGGACAAUUGAAGAAAUACCCUGAAAAACUCAUCAUCCACUGCAAAGACCUUCGAGUGUUCCACUUUGGUCUGAGGUACACAAGAGAAGAGGAAGUCAAAAGGAUUGUCAGUGGCAUAAUUCAUCAUACCCAAGCUCCUAAACUGCUUAAAAGAUUAUUUCUGUUUUCCUAUGCAGCUGCUGCACAAAACAAUACAGCCACUGAUCCCAAGAACCAUACUGUAAUGUUUGACACCCUUAAGGACUGGUGUUGGGAAUUGGAGCGGACCAAAGGCAACGUCAAGUACAAAGCAGUGAGUGUCAAUGAAGGCUAUAAAGUCUGUGUAAGAUUGCCAGCAUACUUUGUUGUCCCUAUUUCUCUUCCUGAAGAGGACGUGCUACGCUUUCAGGGUCACGGCAUACCAAUAUGGUGCUGGUCCUGCCACAAUGGAUGUGCCCUUUUGAAAAUGUCAGCACUGCCCAAAGAACAGGAUGAUGGCAGUUUACAAAUCCAAAAGAGCUUCUUGGAUGGAAUUUACAAGACCAUCCACAGGCCACCCUAUGAAAUUGUUAAAACUGAAGACCUGUCAACCAACUUCCUGUCCUUGCAGGACAUCCAGACUGCAUACUCUAAAUUUAAACAGCUGUUUCUGAUAGAUAAUAGUACGGAAUUUUGGGACACAGAUAUAAAAUGGUUUUCUCUGUUGGAAAAUAGCAGUUGGCUUGAUAUAAUCAGACGUUGCCUGAAAAAAGCAAUAGAGAUUGCAGAAUGUCUAGAAGCACAAAACAUGAACGUUCUUCUUUUAGAGGAGAAUGCUUCAGACCUCUGCUGCCUCAUUUCCUCUCUGGUACAAGUGAUGAUGGACCCCCACUGCAGAACCAGGGUUGGUUUCCAGAGCCUCGUCCAGAAGGAGUGGAUCAUGGGCGGCCACUGUUUCCUGGAUCGCUGCAACCACCUCCGUCAAAGUGACAAAGAGGAGGUUCCCGUGUUCCUGCUGUUCUUAGAUUGUGUGUGGCAGCUGGUGCACCAGCAUCCCCCAGCAUUUGAUUUCACGGAGACUUACUUGACUGUUUUGUCAGAUAGUCUAUACUUACCUAUUUUUAGCACCUUCUUCUUCAAUUCGCCUCAUCAAAAAGAUAUUAACAUGGGUAGGGAACACCAGGAUACACAGAGCAAGCCUUUGAAUCUGCUCACCGUGUGGGAUUGGUCUGUACAGUUUGAACCCAAAGCCCAGAUGUUGCUCAAAAACCCUCUUUAUGUGGAAAAGCCAAAACUGGACAAAGGCCAACGGAAAGGAAUGCGUUUCAAACAUCAACGACAAUUGUCUCUGCCACUCACUCAAUCUAAAUCAUCUCCCAAAAGAGGAUUUUUCAGGGAAGAAACAGAUCAUUUAAUUAAAAACCUUCUGGGCAAGAGAAUUAGCAAAUUAAUUAAUUCUUCUGAUGAGCUGCAAGACAAUUUUCAAGAGUUCUAUGACAGCUGGCACAGCAAGCCCACCGACUACCACGGACUGCUGCCGCCUCACAUCGAGGGGCCAGAAAUCAAAGUCUGGGCCCAGCGCUACCUGCGCUGGAUUCCGGAAGCCCAAAUCCUGGGUGGUGGUAGAGUGGCCACCAUGAGCAAACUCUUGGAAAUGAUGGAGGAGGUAGAGCGCUUACAAGAGAAGAUCGAGGAGAGACACCACAGCCAGGGGGCCCUCCCUGCAGAGGGCCCCUCGUUGCUGAGGAGCUCGGCCCGCUUGUCCUCUUUGUUUCCUUUCGCUCUGCUGCAGCGACACUCCUCAAAACCGGUCCUUCCCACCAGUGGCUGGAAAGCUCUGGGUGAUGAAGAUGAUCUGGCCAAACGAGAAGAUGAGUUUGUGGAUCUAGGAGACGUGUGAUUGUCCACUUAGUGGUCAUGAAGGAGGGACGUUGAGGGUUGGGACAGGCAUCGAACCCCUUUGCUCUCUGGAUGAGUGGGUCACACUGCAGCUUACCACUGCAGCAGGCAGGGAGGCAUUUGUCCAGGGCUCUGGAGCAGGAAACCCGGAGCUUCAGGAAAAGAGCUGGUUCUCAUGUUUUUAUGCUCCUGAAAGACUAUGCAAUUAAAACCGGAUCUCUAGUAUUAUUAAUUGAAAGGAAUUAUUACUUGACCCAUAAUCGAACUGUGGCCAUCGUCUGAUGCAUAUUAUACAGAACCGGCGGUGGCUGGUUUACUACUAGAAAGGGCUUUGGUCUCACAUUCUUGGACUCAAUAUUUUCUUCAGAUCUUUUCUGUGCCAAGAUAAUUUAUCCAGUCAUUGGGAACAGUGUGUAUCUUGCUACCCAUCUUACUUCGGAGCAAAUUCAGCUUUAUCUGAUGUGUGUAUGGCAAAUUGAAAGACUCAAGUAGAGAUAUUCAGAUGUAUGGCAUUCAUUUAAACCCUAGCAUUUUUCCCUUCUCUAUCCUCUUGCCGGA